CAAAUAGGCAUCUGGAUAUGUGGGCAGUUCCAGAGGAAAGCAUCACAGCCCCUACUGAAGGCUGUACUCAAGGCAGCACUUGUCAAGAGGUUCAUUGUCUUUCUUAGAUAUGGCUAGAGCUGCAGCAGCUUCAGUGGAUGGACGGUUGGGAGAGCAGAGGGGGACUGCCACAAAGCCCCAGUCACAGAACCUAACAUUUAUUCCGUGCUUGCUUGAUUUAACUUUAACCAAAGUGCCCAGACAGACACCAAUUUUCACAGGUAAAAAACUUAGUCUGAUUGUAGCUAAAGUCUGAGAGGUUCACCGCUAGCAAGAACACACGGGAUUUAUUUUCCUGUUAUGGAUCUUCACUUCGUUGCUAUUUAGUCUCAUGUAAGUUGUGGGCCGCAGAGCCUCAUCAGUGCUGGGGCUGUGACCCAAAAGCUUGCAGAAUGUCUGAUUCUGACUGCUUGAAGGUCCGCCCGAGCCCCAGGCUCCGCCCUCCAACUACAUUUCCCAGCAGGCCACGAGCGGGCAUCGACGCACUUUCUCCCGGCGUCCCCCGCGGCGGGAAGGAGCCGAGCUGGCUCGAGGCUGACGCGGCAAGCUUUCGUCGCCGCCGCCGCCGCCGCCGCCGCCGCUGCCGCCGUCGCCUCCUCUGCCUCCCCAGCUUGAGAGAAGCCUCGCGGCCGUCCCUGCCGCUCCCACCGGCCACCAUGUCCGCCCAGGCGCAAAUGCGGGCCCUGCUGGAUCAGCUCAUGGGCACCGCCCGGGACGGUUCAGUGUAUCUUUGCCUGCCUACAUCAAUCUGCAAGGGAGUUGCAGAAAAGCCUCAUGUUCAUCGAGCCGUGAGUCACAACCAAUUUCUAAGCUGUUAUAACAAAAAAGUGUUUGCUUUUUUUCACAAAUAACUUUAAAAGUGUAGUUUAGAAAGAAAACAUUUUCAAUAAAAAGACACUACAUUAAUCCUGGAUGCUUGCAAAUCCUAAAAUAUAUUCCUCCUUUAGUAUUACACAGCUCUGUGUCAUAUACACAGAUUAGCUUUAAAAGUUGUCACAUUCCACUUUGCCUUUACUUGUAUGUAUCAUUCCCCUGACUUCCUUACUGCAGGUUGGGCAAGAAAACUUUUCCUUUAAAACUUUUCAACAGCGGGCAUAAAAUUCUGCAGCUGAGGUCUUGAAGAAUGCAGAUGGGUACAGUAUGUGUUGGAACUCACAGUGUGUAUUGACUAACCUAGUUCCUUUUUUUGCCUUUUUUUUUUUUUUUUUUUUGGUAUUGUCUUGUUAAAAGUGACUCCCAGGUGCCAACUCUCUUUUUUAAGGGGGGGGUGACGGGAUAGGUAGACUAGGCCUAGAUCAUUUAUCAGUCAGUAGUUGAAAGAGAAAAGCUUUCUCCAUGUAAUUUUGGGCAAAAUACUGCCUCUCCGUUCGUCCCUAGCCAAAUGAUUGGAUUAAUAAGUAGCUUUUUGUUGGAAACUACCAGCUAUGUUUUACGUGGUGAUUCAUGGCCCUCUGAUUAGCGUGGGUUUUGAUACCUCAUUGCCCACACGUAUGUGUGGGGCUGAUGGCCGUUGGGCGCUCAGCAUUUUGCUCCUGACUCCUUAACUUCUUUGGCACAAUGAUGGAGUCAGACCUCAUUAAGUGUGAUUCUUCAAGAUGCAUUUACUAUCAAAACCGUCCGUUUCUUUCCGGUUGUAAAUACCUCUAGAUGAGCCUUUCAGUGUAUUUGGUAGCCUGCAAAUCAUCCAGGUGAAUUGUACCAGAUGUGCUUCUGCUCCUAACGAGAUAAUACUGUCUUAUUUAAAAUGACAAAUGAAUUUCAGGAGACGAAACCAGACAGAGGGUCAAGUUUACAGAUGACCGUGUCUGCAAGAGUCACCUUCUGGACUGCUGCCCCCAUGACAUCCUGGCUGGGACGCGCAUGGACUUAGGAGAAUGUACCAAAAUCCACGACUUGGCCCUCCGAGCAGAUUAUGAGAUCGCAAGUAAAGAAAGGGACCUGUUUUUUGAACUGGAUGCGAUGGAUCACCUCGAGUCUUUCAUCGCUGAGUGUGACCGCAGAACCGAGCUCGCCAAGAAGCGGCUGGCAGAGACGCAGGAGGAGAUCAGCGCCGAAGUUUCCGCAAAGGCAGAAAAAGUCCACGAGUUGAAUGAAGAAAUAGGAAAACUUCUUGCUAAAGCCGAGCAGCUGGGAGCUGAAGGGAACGUGGAUGAAUCCCAGAAGAUUCUCAUGGAAGUGGAGAAAGUCCGUGCCAGGAAGAAAGAAGCCGAGGAGGAAUACAGGAAUUCCAUGCCUGCGUCCAGUUUUCAGCAGCAGAAGCUUCGUGUCUGUGAGGUCUGCUCAGCCUACCUUGGUCUCCAUGACAAUGACCGUCGUCUCGCAGACCACUUCGGGGGCAAGUUGCACUUGGGGUUCAUUCAGAUCCGUGAGAAGCUUGAUCAGUUGCGGAAAACUGUGGCAGAGAAGCAGGAGAAGAGAAAUCAGGAUCGACUGAGGAGGAGGGAGGAGCGGGAGCGGGAGGAGCGGCUGAGCAGGAGGUCUGGAUCAAGAACCAGAGAUCGCAGGAGGUCGCGCUCCCGGGACCGGCGGCGGAGGCGGUCCAGGUCUCCUUCCAGAGAGCGGCGGAAGUCCUCCCGGUCCCGGUCCCAAGACAGACACCGGCGCCACCGGAGCCGUUCCCGGAGCCAUAGCCGAGGCCACCGCCGGCCAUCCAGGGACCGGAGUUCGAAAUACAGGUUCUCCAGAGAGCGGGCCUCCAGGGAGGCGUCCUGGGAGCGCGGGCGGAGCGAGAGGGGGGCCGCCGACUGGAGGCUGGAGAGCGCCAACGGGAAGAGCACCUCGCGGAGGUCGGAGGAGAAGGAGGCCGGCGAGAUCUGAACCCGCGCCGGGCGUGUGAGCGCCGGUGGACACGUUGGACGCGGCCCACCUGGCCCUUUGUAUUUGCUGGGAACGCCUCCCCUUUUGUAGUUGAACCUUUCUGUUGUUGUGGAGCUAGCUGUGACUUUCUAGAGUGUACAGAGUUGCUCCUGUGUUCUGGGUUACAUCCCGUGGGAAUAAACACCCUGACAGACUGCCUCCCGACAGCUGCCCUGCAGUCUCCGCGGGUGGGGGACACACCAGGAUCCUCCGCCCGGACCCGUGACUUGGCCUUUCGGCAUCUGGCCUGCGGUGCACCCCGGCGCCGGGACUGGUGGGAGCCGCUGUGCACGGCCGUCUGCCUGGGCCCGGGGGUCCUUCCCGCGGGUCCGAGCUGUCCUCUCCUGCGCUCGGUUCCUUGCAGGGCUGCCUGUCUGGUGUGUGGCCCGCAGCCUCGUCCUGGCACGUGAGCUCGGAUGAGCUGCAGUUUCCCUCCUGGGUGUCGCGAAGGGCAGAGAGAGACCCUGGGAUAGUAGCCACGGGACAGCCAAGAGGUCCUCAGGGGAGGGCAUGCUGGACGUGUCAGGCCUGGUUGGACGCAGGCUGAAGGAGGGCUGGUGUGGGACCCCCUCUCCCCAGCCCUUCUGCACGUCUCGUCCCACUGAAGCGAGCCGUCCGUCCCUAGGCAGAGCCUGCCUGGCUCCCUGGGCGUGUGGGCUGUUCUGCUGCUGUGGGGUGGGGGUGCGGCAGGGGGGUCCUUUCCCCAAGGGGUACUUGCCUGGCUUACAACCCAGGCUGGCCUGGGACACCCUGGAGCACACUGCUCACAGAGGGGCCGCUGAAAAGCCGGGGUGAGUAUCUGCUGGGCGGGGGCGGGGAGCGGAGGCGCCCUCCUGGGUUUGCCAAGUGGAUCCAAGUUGGCAGGAGCCUCGAGUGGGAUAAAGGUGGUCCUGGGAGGGGAGAGGCACCGGGGCGAGAGCUGUGGUGGGGGUUCCUGGUGCAGCUGUGCGGCAGCCCACCCCUCCCACUUGCGUUCUUAGCUCCUGGGGGGCUGUGCGGGUGGCCCAGUGUGCAUGCACCUUGCGCUUAACCGUGUACAGUGGAGUGGUGGUCAGUGCAGCAGCUGCUGUCCGUAGGUGGCUUUGAAGAGGCUGGGGGAAGACAGCAUCCCUGGACUCAGGAGUAGGCCGGGGGUCCUGGCCAGAAAGUGGUGGGGCUGGAUGCCCACCCCCUGCCCGGGUCAGUCCAGCACCAGGCAGUGGGGGCUCUUGCCGCUGGACCUGACGGCCCUAGUGCUGGAGGCUCCUGCUGGCCCUGGCACACCCCAGGCCCAAUCUUGGGCUGAGAGCUCGGUUCCCCAGCCCCUUGGGUUCCUGAUACCGACAAACUCCUGGUAGCAGGAGUGCCCCAGGCCGGCCGUGGCCUUGCUCUCUGGGUGGGCUCAAAACGGGGUCCAGUGGUGAUGGGAGCAGGGCAGAGGCCAGGGCACUGGGGCUGGUCUGGGGACGCCACAGCAAACUUAGGUGGGUCCCAGUGGAGGACUGCUCCCAGGUAGGGGACCAGGGGGCCACCCAUCUUGAGCUCUCUCAGUCUGGGGGCUCACCAGGAAGGAGAUGGGACAAGGACGAAGAGGGCCUGCAGUCCUGGCCGAGUCCCUGUGUGGGGACCCGACUGGGGGGGAAUCCCAGGCCCCUCAGGAACUCCCACAGCCACGGUGCUGGUGGCCGGUGGCGGGAAUGUCGUGUGGGUGGUGACGGUGUCUUCUGCGUACAUAGAACCCCCAGGUAGUCGGGGGCAGGCUCCUCUUUUGGGGGGUUUCUAGCCAAGCCUAGGGCUGCAUUCUGGGGGCGGGAGGGCCAGAGGAAGUGUGCUGGCCCUGCGGCUCAGGGGAGCCCACAGACCCCAGGCCCUCACUGCGUCGUGUGGGUUCAGGGGUGCCCUCCCAGGGGGAUGAGGAUGCCCGGCAGCCAGGUGUUUGGCUUGGCCUGUGAGCUGGAGGCUUGGUUUGCGACAGCUCGGGGUUGGGGGGGGGACCUGGAGGGGCGGUGCCUCUGAAGGGACCCCUGACUGGGAAGUGGGAUGGUGGCCACAGUGGGGCUGAGGCCCAGGGUGGCCCUGCCCUGGGGAGGCUGGGUCAGCUGAGGGGUUUGUGGGCUCUAGCACCUAUCAGUGCCAUCCAGAGGACCUGGGAAAGCAGGUGGCGUUGGCCCCCCUGGAGUUUUUGUUGAUCUGGGGAGGGUCUGAGAAUGAACCUUUGUCCUUUUUCAGAUUUUUUUUUUGAUUGAGAUAAGCUCACCUAACAUACAAUUCUACAUGUUGACCUCUUAAUUAAAAGUAAGAUUUUGUGAUUUCUAGUA